AUGAAGGAGGUCUGGGGAUUUGGAGCAGGAGGCUUUGAUUUGAUGGGCUCCAGGAAGAUGGUUGUGCGAGCGAUCAGUAGACAUGGUGGUUUUAGAGGGAGGUCAGGGAAGAGGAUGUGUGGUGGCUGGGCGGUGGGUAGUGGGAUGAAUAAAAAGAGUACCUCCCUAUCCUUGUCUAGCAGUGGAAGAAUCCCAAAAGGUGCCAUAUCCUCCCAAAACAUCUGA